GUAAGGUUUGCUCUAAAGAGGUGAGCAAAGGAGGAAACUUUCUCGUUUUUCCAGCAGCGCGUGUGUGGAUAGUAGAUUCGAUUUGUAGAGUGACAGGCUCACAGAGAGAGCUCAGCGCGGCUCACACUUGUUAUCAAGAGGAGCGUUUGAGAAGCUUUCAAGAGUGUCUGUCGUGUGUGUGGAGGCAGCAGGGAGGGAGCAUUUGAGGAUCAUCUGAGUGAGCAAAGCCAAAGCAAAGCAAGGGUUUUGUUUGUGUGGGAGUUUGCAAGGUCGCAUUCGUGGAGCAGAGGCGAGCAGUGUGGCGCAGGGCGUAGCAGCAGCGAGGAAAAUUAAUGAACGAGCAAAGUGCAGCCGCAGGGACUUGGAAUAGAUAGACAAGUGACAACUUUGAGGAGUAGACUCUUUCUCACACACACACACACACAGAGCUUUUCUUUUCUUUUUCUUCUACUUCUUUUCUCUCUCGCCAGCGACACGACGAAUUCCAUCUCUUCUUUGUGAUUUGAUCAUCGCCACCAUCGAGGCAUCGCGAGAGCUCUUGUCAAAGCAGUCUGUGAGUGAGAGACGUUCUUCAACUUCCUGGAGUGAGAGAAAGAGAAAGAAAGCUUCUUCCCGGGGGAGUAUCCCUUCCUUCUUACCGCUUCCUGAUCUCGCGAUCUGCGUUGCUUUGGGGCGGCAGUAACAAAAGUACUUCCCUUUGCUCGCCAUCAAGUUUCUCGUUUGCGGUACGAGUAACUGCUCGAGAAGAGAUCAGCUGGAGAGAGAGCUUUUCGACGACCAAAGGAAUUGAAUUGCAUUGAAUUCAAGCAGGGAGGAAUUCAGGCAAAAGGCACAGCAUAGCAGCCAGGCCAGCAGCAUUCUAGCAGUAUAUAGCAGCAGCAGAAUCAGUGCUCUCUCACCUCCUAGCACAGCAACAGGCCCAGAGUUAUAAAUGGUUUGCAGUUGGAAAGGCCAAGGUACAAGCUCCUCCUCCUCUUCUUCCUCCUCCUCUUCCACUCCCUCCUCCUGAGAUCAGCAACCUGGUUGUAGGAAUUCCCAGCAUUUAAAGAUCGUGGAGGAGUAGCGGAGAAGAGGGGGAGAUCAUCACUUGUGCAAGUGAUCAUCAUCACCUCCUCUGAAGGAGGCUUUGACAUGAUCAUCAGACAAGGCCGGCCUGCGCAGGCGGAAGUGGAGACGGAUCGUCACUCAUGCUGCUCAUGUUGCUGCACAGCUGAUGAUCAAAUGCAACAGCAGCAGCGGCAGGAGUCUCAGCCUAGUUUCGAUCAUCACAGGAUGAUCAUGACCAGGAGCAGCAGCAGAAGAAGAAGAUGGACAUCAGUCUGUUGUCUCUUCUUGCUGCUUGCUCUUUCUUCCAUGGGAUCAGCAGCGGCUGACCCAACAUUGUCAAGAGGCAGCAGGAAGUUGCAACCAAUCCAUGACAAGAGAUUAGCACCAUCAUCAUCAGUAUCAGCAAGUGCGGAAGUCCAAGAUCACAAGUCUCAUCAGGAGAGGACCAAGCUGGAUUUCCCAAGCCCAAACAGGAGGAGCCCAUCUGCUGGUGACAAGUCCAGGAGGGAUUUGAGUGGGCUGGGGUCAUCCCCACCACAGUGCAAUUCCAAGUGUGGCUUUUGCUCCCCAUGCAGGGCUGUGCAUGUUCCAAUCCAGCCAGGCUUUGUGAGAACCACAGAGUACUACCCAGAGGCAUGGAGGUGCAAAUGUGGCAACAAGCUCUACAUGCCAUGAUACUUACACACACAUAACUCUUUAGAGGAGAAGAGCUUAGCACAGGUUUAUAUUAAUGAAAUACAACUAGUUUUGGAAAGCUCAGUAGUAGGAAAACAAGACAAGAAAAUGGAUUUGAUGGAGAAGCUCUGAGAAAUGAAUGUUGCCUCUUCAAAGUC